AUGGGGGCACGUACUAGCAGUGUGGCAUGUCUAGCGGUGCCCCUGUACUACAUGUGGCGCUGCAGCAGCAGCAGCAGCAGCAGCAGCAGCAGCAGCAGCAGCAGCAGCAGCAGCAGCAGCAGCAGCAGCAGCAGCAGAAGCAGCAGCAGUAGCAGCAGCAGCAGCAGCAGCAGCAGCAGCAGCAGCAGCAGCAGCAGUAGCAGCAGCAGCAGCAGCAGUAGCAGCAGCAGUAGCUGCAGCAGCAGCAGUAGCAGCAGCAGUAGCAGCAGCAGCAUCAGUAGCAGCAGCAGCAGCAGCAGCAGCAGUAGCAGCAGCAGCAGCAGCAGCAGCAGCAGCAGCAGCAGCGGCAGCAGCAGCAGCAGCAUCAGCAGAAGCAGCAGCAGCAACAGCAGCAGCAGCAGUAGCAGCAGCAGCAGUAGCAGCAGCAGUAGCAGCAGCAGCAGCAGCAGUAGCAGCAGCAGUAGCAGCAGCAGCAGCAGUAGCAGCAGCAGUAGCAGCAGCAGCAGCAGCAGUAGCAGCAACAGCAGCAGUAGCAGGAGCAGCAGCAGCAGCAGCAGCAGCAGCAGUAGCAGCAGCAGCAGCAGCAGCAGCAGCAGCAGCAGCAGCAGUAGCAGCAACAGCAGCAGUAGCAGGAGCAGCAGCAGCAGCAGCAGCAGCAGCAGUAGCAGCAGCAGCAGCAGCAGCAGCAGUAGCAGCAGCAGCAGCAGCAGCAGUAGCAGCAGCAGCAGCAGCAGCAGCAGCAGCAGCAGUAGCAGCAGCAGCAGCAGUAGCAGCAGCAGCAGCAGCAGCAGUAGCAGCAGCAGCAGUAGCAGCAGCAGCAGCAGCACCAGCACAAGCAGCAGCAGCAGCAGCAGCAGCAGUAGCAGCAGCAGCAGCAGCAGCAGCAGUAGCAGCAGCAGUAGCAGCAGCAGCAGCAGCAGCAGCAGUAGCAGCAGCAGUAGCAGCAGCAGCAGCAGCAGUAGCAGCAGCAGUAGCAGCAGCAGCAGCAGCAGCACAGCAGCAGGAGCAGCUGCAGCAGCUGCAGCAGCAGCAGCAGCAGCAGCAGCAGCAUUGGUGUGA